AUGGCUGAGCCGGAGCUGAAAUCACGGAGCAGUCGGGAGAGUAUUGCCAAGUCUACGAGCCAGGAGAAGAUGGGGGGUAGGUACACUGAAGUGGACCCAGACCAAGAUGGUCUGAUAGUUGAGCGAGCAGCAUCUCCCUCUACACCCUUGGCCCCCGAUGCCACUGCUGCAAGUCCUACGAGUGGCUCACCUGUCAAAGGGGAGAAGAUAGAACUCAAGCGAAGCAUCACCCUGUUCAAUGGAGUGGGGAUGAUCAUAGGUACAAUCAUCGGCUCGGGCAUUUUCGUCACUCCGACAGGUGUGGUCAAAGAAACGGGCUCUGCUGGGCUCUCUUUGAUCAUCUGGUCUGCCUGUGGAAUAAUAUCUACCAUGGGUGCCCUAUGCUACGCCGAACUAGGCACAACCAUCACCAAGUCGGGGGGAGACUACACUUACAUCCUUGAGGUGUAUGGUGAACUGGCGGCCUUUCUCAAGCUGUGGGUGGAGAUGCUCAUCAUUCGGCCAUCAUCGCAGUAUGUGGUGUCACUGGUGUUUGCUACCUACCUUCUGAAACCUCUCUACCCAAACUGCACCGUGCCUGACAGUGCUGCCAAGCUCAUUGCUUGCUUGUGUCUUACUUCCCUGACAUUUGUUAACUGUAUCAGUGUGAGAGCAGCCACCAAGGUACAAGAUUUGUUCACAGCGUCCAAGCUAUUUGCUCUGAUCAUCAUCAUCCUCUUUGGCUUCAUACAAAUUUCCACAGGUGAUGUGCCGUAUCUGACACCAGAAAAGGCAUUUGAAGACAGCAAACUGGGAGUUGAUAAUAUUGUCUUGGCCCUGUACAGUGGCCUAUUUGCUUUUGGAGGCUGGAAUUACCUGAAUUACGUAACUGAGGAGAUGAUCAAUCCAGAGAGGAACCUGCCCUUGUCCAUCAUUAUAUCCAUGCCUAUAGUGACGGUGAUAUAUGUUCUGACCAACUUGGCCUACUUCACAACCAUCUCCCCUCAGACCAUGGUCGAUUCAGAGGCUGUUGCCGUGAGCUUUGGGGAGUACCAUCUUGGUGUGAUGUCUUGGUUGAUUCCGGUGUUUGUGGGACUGUCCUGCUUUGGAGCUGUCAAUGGGUCCCUGUUCACCUCAGCACGGUUGUUCUAUGCUGGAGCUCGAGAGGGUCAACUCCCUGCUGCUCUGGGGCUGGUCCACACUGACCUCUUCACACCAGUGCCAUCCCUCAUCUUCACAUGCUUCCUGUCCAUGUUGUACGCCAUCUCUCAGGACAUCUUCUCUGUCAUCAAUCUCUUCAGCUUCUUCACCUGGCUGUGUGUUGGUAUGGCCAUUGCUGGCAUGCUCUGGCUGCGCAUUACCAAGCCCGAACUCAGAAGGCCAAUUAAGGUGUAUCUGUUCAUCCCUGUGACUUUCGUGCUGGGCUGUGUCUUCAUGAUCAUUGUGUCCUUUUGGGCAGCUCCUUUUGAAUGCCUGGUAGGCAGCGGCAUUAUUCUCACAGGCAUCCCAGCAUACCUACUGGGUUACAAGUGGAAGAAACCCCAUGUGGUCAAGAAGAUGCUUGAAAUCUUCACCAUGUUCUGUCAGAAGAUCUUCAUGUCUGUUCCUGAGGAGAGGGAGCAGCAUGAGGCGACCGAGUAA